CCUCCCGUCAGCAGCAGCAGCAGCAGCGUCGGCGCCGCCUUUUCCCCCGCACGGGCCCGCCUCCGCCACCGGAUCGAGCGUGCGCCUCACCGGCGGGCGGCGGCGGCGGCGCGGGGCGGCGGUGGCGAUGGCGUCCGGCGACGCGCGCGUGGCGGGGAUCGCGUCCUCCAUCCGCGUCAUCCCCGACUUCCCAAAGCCAGGGAUCAUGUUUCAGGACAUCACGACGUUGCUCCUUGAUCCGAAGGCAUUCCGUGACACAAUCGACCUCUUUGUUGAGCGGUACAAGGACCAAGGGAUCACCGUAGUUGCUGGUGUUGAAGCUAGGGGUUUUAUCUUUGGCCCUCCUAUUGCUUUAGCCAUAGGUGCAAAAUUUGUACCUUUGAGAAAGCCGAAGAAGUUGCCAGGUGAGGUGAUCUCCGAAGAAUAUUCUUUGGAAUACGGCACUGACAAAAUAGAAAUGCAUGUUGGAGCUGUGGAGGCUAAUGAUCGAGCACUUGUUGUCGAUGAUCUCAUUGCCACCGGUGGAACACUGUGUGCAGCUGUCAAACUUCUUGAGCGUGUUGGAGCAAAGGUGGUUGAGUGUGCUUGUGUCAUUGAAUUGCCGGAAUUGAAGGGCCGUGACAAGCUAGGGGACAGGCCCGUUUUUGUCCUUGUGAAAGCGGAUGGAGCAUGAUGAAACACAAGUACACAACUUAGGAUGUCUCAGAGUUGGCCCCGUUGAUGUUCCCUCUCUAGAAUCAUUCUGGAAACGACAGAGUAUCUCAUGUGACAUUGGCUAGUUCCUAGCUGAUGUUUAAUAAAGUUUUAUCUUUAAAUUUGAGGCCAUGAAUUAUUUGUCAAUGUGGACAUGAUUGCUGGUCCUUGUAAGGCUUAUGUAUGUCAAACCAGUGCCAAUUAUUCACAUCAAUUGAGGUUAAUCCUUGUUGGAGUU